ACUAGGCUCCGUCCCUGGCGGGGGUGCGACGGGUGCCGGGAGGGCGCGCGUGCGUGUCCUCGUAACUGCGGGGCGCGCCUACGUCUCCGGCGGUAGCACCGGCUUCCCUGGCGGCUGCAGCCUCGGACUCGGGCUUCUUCCUUCGUCCCCUUCCCUUCACCCCCGCACCUCGGAUGUCAACUUCUUACCUAAGAACUGGAAAGACGGACUAGUUUGAACAUGGAAAACCAAGAACCAGUGGAUUCUUCUGGAAAAAACAAACAGUUUACUAUUUCAGAGGAGUUAAUUGCAGAAGGAAAAUGGGUCAAGUUUGAAAAAACAACUUACAUGGAUCCUACUGGUAAAACGAGAACUUGGGAAACUGUGAAACGUACAACCAGGAAAGGACAGUCGGCUGAUGGUGUGAUAAUUAUCCCAGUACUGCAAAGAACUCUUCAUUAUGAAUGUAUCAUUCUGGUGAAACAGUUCCGUCCACCCAUGGGAAGCUACUGCCUGGAAUUCCCUGCAGGUCUCAUAGAUGAUAAUGAAAGCCCAGAAGCAGCUGCUCUGCGAGAGCUGGAAGAAGAAACUGGCUAUAAAGGUGAUGUUGCUGAAUGUUCUCCAGCUGUAUGUAUGGAUCCAGGUUUGACAAACUGUACCACACACAUCGUGACAGUAACUAUUAAUGGAGAUGAAGCUGAAAAUGUAAGACCCAAGCCAAAUCCAGGAGAUGGAGAAUUUGUGGAAGUAAUUUCCUUACCAAAGAAUGACCUGAUGAAGAGACUUGAAGCACUGGUAACUGAAGAACAUCUGACAGUGGAUGCUAGGGUCUAUUCCUAUGCUCUGGCGCUGAAACAUGCAAAUACAAAGCCAUUUGAAGUGCCCUUCCUGAAAUUUUGAGGCCAGAGGAGAGUAACCAUGUUUUUGUUUUAUAAAUGAGGCCAUAAGGUCUCCUUCACUAAGACUUUGUAUUCAGCUAAAUUUAAUGGAAAUUUGAAAUUACCUUUUUCAUAAAAUAAAAACAAAAAAUGCA